GCUGUGAUGAUCAAAAUGUCAUUUAAUUUAAUUACUUGUGCAUGGUUAAUUAUUUUUGGUGUUCUAACGAAUCUCUCUCAUGGCGAACUUAAAUUUUAUGAGGAUGCAGUUCGAGAAGCGCCACAAGAUAUUACUGCUUUAAAACAGAUCGCUGAAUACAUUACAAAUCAACAUCUUAAGCAACAUAUGCUGUAUCAUUCAUAUCUACUACCACUUCUUAUCUCACAGAUUCACAAGAAAUAUCACUUGGAUCUUAGCAAUCAGGAAAAGCAUGAAAUUUUUAAAUUGUUAAAAGGAAAAUUUCAUUUGGAUGAUAGAUUGAGAGAACAAAAAUUAGUCCCCGGGGAUUACAUCACCCAGAUUCAACGUAUUGAUCGAAAACUGACUUUGCCUAAAAACGAUUAUAAUCUUUUAUACUAUGGUUUUAAUCCAUUGUUUAAGAGUUCUAAAGAUUACUUUGAUACUAAACUAUCUUAUGAAGAUAAUAAAAUAAUAAAAGAAAAUCGAAAGUACAGGAAUAUAGAUAUUGGAUAUUUGCAAGAAAAAAGACAAUCUCUGUACAAUGCAGAGAUCGAAGAUAAUGCUGUCAAAGAUAUAAUAGCUAAUUUUUUAAAAAAAAAUCUGAUGUUAAGUAAUAGACAAAUAAUAGAAAAAAAUAAAGACUUAAUAUCAUCAUUUGCACAAAUACCUAAAUUCACAUAUUUUUUUGAUGAUCCAAAUUUGAAAGAAAAAUAUCCAUUUAUUCAACCUAAUGAUCCUAGAUAUUAUGAAAAUACCAUUUUUUCUCUUGAUACUAAAAAGAAUGAGGGAGAUGAAGAGCUAACAGUUGAUCCCAUAAGUAGCAAAGAAAAUAUAUUACUUGAACAAACUACAGAAAAACAAUUAACAGAUGUAGAAAUCGAUAAGUAUGAUGCAGUAAGAAAUGUUACUGUAGGAACGUUAAUGGAAGCAGAAAAAUCUGAAAAAAAUCGUCCUUUUAUUGUUUCAAUUGCUCAAGAUUUAAAUAAUGAUAUAUAUUUUAUUGCUGUUAUUGCUGGUUGCAGUGCAGCAGCAAUGUUCAUUUGUGUAUUAAUCAGUUUAACAUGGUGCAGAUUGCAACGUGGAGCAAAAGCAGCUGCCGAUAUAGAAUAUCCAGCUUAUGGUGUAACAGGUCCAAAUAAGGAUAUAUCACCUUCUGAAGAUCAAAGACUGGCUCAAUCAGCACAAAUGUAUCAUUUUCAACAUCAGAAACAACAGAUUAUUGCUAUGGAAAAUCGUACUUCUACAACUAGAGAUCCAGGGUCUUUAUCCGAAGCAGAAAGUGACGAAGAAAAUGAAGAAGGCGAUUACACUGUUUAUGAAUGUCCUGGUUUAGCUGCGACUAGUGAAAUGGAGGUAAAAAACCCUUUAUUUCAUGAUGAUCCAACUCCAGCUACACCAGCACAUAUUAAUAAAGAAGAGGACCAUAUGUAGUUUCAGUAAAUUGCAGCCAAAUUUACUUUUAAAAUUUUCCGUGGUACUUAGCUCAUUGUUAAUGUACCAUACUAAAAAUAACUAUCUAUAUUAAAAGUAUAGAAUUUUAUUAUUAUUA